AAUGUAUAUACACCAACUGAUAGAUCAAUCUACGCAAGGAAAGAGGAGAUGAAAAUACAUUGACGCAUAAAAAAAAACUUUGUUCUUAUAAUUUUGGCCACUACUGUAUAAGAUAAAAUUACUUCAAUUCUCAAAGACACUACAAUUGAUGAGAAAAUAUCGAAAUUUGUUCAAAUGCUGUUCUUUACGUCAUAGACUUCAAGUACCCGAUAAAAUAAUAAUCAGCAUAUUAACAAAUAAAUAAAACAUGCAGUUCUUUUAUUUGUAAAAUCAUGUGAAACAAUAUUCUAAUAAAAUUAAGUAAGAUAAAUUUCAUUUAAAACAUCUAAUGGAAGAAGUUUUCAAAUAUGAUCAGCGAUUGUUUUUUUUUGAAGUGAUGAAACGUACUUCGAAGACAUUUUUUGGAACCUGUUUCGAAGCUUUUUUUUGGCUUUUUCCUAGAUUAGAUUUUUAAAGAUUAAGAUCAAGAAUCUAAUAGAUUCAUUAUAUCAUAUUGCAUCUUAUUUCAUAAUUGAAUCAAACAUUGUUCAAUUAUUUGCGUAUCAAGAUCAUUGUGUUCUAGUUGAUCUAUCCUUCCUCAAGAAUAUAUUAUUUCAUUAAAUGUAUGAUAUAAUUUCUCUUGAAACUCAAAUUUGAUCACAGCUGGAAAAAAUACACUGUCCAACAGAUAAUAUAUGAAUGAAAUUCAAUUAGCUGAAUUGUAUGAUAAACAUUUCUUUUUUUUUAAUGUGAUGUCUUCUUUCAAUUUCAUACAGUGAACACAAUGGAGCCAGCCUGUAAAUACGAAAAAUUGACGGAAGAAAAAGAAAAAAACAUUCAAUGACUAUGACCCAAAUGGACGAUUCAUCGAGGUUACACUUUUCAAUGAAGUUGCCUAUCCUAUUUCACAAUGAUGAAAGCGGUUGGAAGCAAACAAUGAACAUAUAUAUAUAUUUACCUUUCACACAAGUCAAGCAGUCAGAAUUCAAUAUGAAUCAAUCUGAUGUUCAUCUUCUUGAUCUACUCAAUGAGAUAUUACUUAUUAUUUUGAAAAAACUAAACAAUAUUGAUGUUCUUUACUCGUUAUUGAACAUUAAUAAUGAACGACUUAACAUUCUGGCACACGAAAAAAUUUUCAGUACUAUUACUUUAGUAUCCAUGGAUAAUAUUUCCUCAAUUGAUCCUGGUAAACUUGAUCGAUUUUGCAUCGAUAUAUUGCCAAGGAUUCAUCACAAUGUGAAAUGUUUAUUUCUUGAACCAUUGUCGAUGGAACGUAUUCUUCUUUCUACGAACUAUCCAAAAUUAACUAAACUCAAACUUUUUAAUUUCAAGCAAGAAUUUGCUUUACGUUAUUUUACAAGUAAACGCCUAGCAUGCACAUCAUUACCUAAAAGAUAACAAGAAUGAUGUUAAAUAGAGCACACUAAUUUUUCUUUUUUUAGAUGAAUCACCUCUUCAAUAUAUCUUUCGACAUCAAAUUACAGAUCUUAUUCUUGAAACUAUGGACCAAAGGAGUACGAUAGAAUCAUCGGAAGAUUACAUUAAAAAUGUAUAUGCACAUAUUCUGAAUUUCUGCAAAAAUUUAAAACAGUUGAGUGUUAUUGGAACAUUCAUCCCAGGAUAUUCACGCCUCCCACUUAGCAAUUUACUAUACGUUCCGUGAUAUCCAGGCUUGUCACUUACUGAUUUGCCAUCGACUACUUUCUUCUCUUCGACUCUUACUCAUUUAUGUAUCAAUGUGUAUACCUUAGAUGAUUGUCUUUGUUUACUUGAUGGUCGACUCAAACGAUUAACAACACUUAUUGUUGAAAUAUAUUACAUGAAUAACUCUUCAUCAAUCGUUCACAACAUGGUAAGUUUUAACAAAUAAUAUCGAUUGUAAGAUGAAGCUGACUACCAAUUCUGUACACUUUGAUUUAAAAAAAUAUUCAGAGAAAAAAUUGAAUGAUUGAAGUUUAUUCGGAAAUUUCAAGACAACCUACAAAAUUGUAUUAAUCGUCAAUAAUAGACAAUGGAUCUUUUGACAAAAAUCAGAAAGAAUUAAAACUAAAUAGUUUGCUAGUCAACUGUACGCAUGAUUUAUUUUUAGAUCAAUUAAAUAAUAUAUUUUUCAAUUUCUUUUUAUUAUGUAGAAUGACUUACCUAAUUUGAAAUGUUUAUCAUUAAAAUGUUACCAUUCAACUGAUCAAUAUGAUGAUAAAAUUCUACCUCUUCUGCAUCGCAUGCCAUAUUUGGAAAAAUUAACUUUAUAUUUUCGAAUAAACAAUCGAAAUACAUUCAUUGAUGAUGCUCAUCUUCAAAAUGAAAUUUUUCUUUAUAUGCCACGACUUCAUUCAUUCACUUUUUAUAUUUGUACUUAUAUCGACAAUGUUAAUUCGAUUCAUUAUAUACCUUACGAAAAUAUUCGACAACAUGUGGCUAAUAUCGUCAAUUGUAUCAAUACUCAUGUAUUUAUCUAUGUUACAUAUUUAUUGGUAGAAGAUAUACUUCCAUUCAACCAUGAAUUCUUCAUUCGGGUUGGUCAAGCUUUUCCAUUACUGAAUAUUUUUCGUGUUAUAAAUGAAGAAUUACAAUCAUGUUGUAAUUUUAACACAUUUUCAUCUGAUAAUAAUCGAUCUAAUCCAAUUGCUGAAUAUCCUCAUCUUACUGUGCUUGAUCUUAGAAAUGCACAUUUUGAUUACGUUGAACAAUUUCUAAAUGAAACAAAGACAUAUCUACCUUGUUUAACUGAAUUAACAGUCUUUUAUACUAACUUAAGAAUUGCAACAGAAAAUUUUACAAGAGAAGAAACGCGACGCAAUUGUGCAAAGGUGAAACAAUUAUUUAUCGUCAUACCAUUAGUACAUUCAAAAGAUUUCUAUCUUUACUUUCCUUCACUAUAG